AUGGCCCAUCUAGUUGACUUGGCUAUUCAGAACAGGCUCUCGGGUCUGAACAAACACGGGCGAUCCAUCACCGAUGAAGAACCCUUUUUCGUGGCGGACCUCGGCCAAAUCGCCCGCCAGCAUCGCCGGUGGAAGGCGGCCUUUCCUAAUGUCCACCCUUUCUACGCGGUGAAAUGCAAUACCGACCCAACCUUACUCAAACUCCUCGCCGAACUGGGCACCGGCUUCGACUGUGCCUCCAUCGAAGAACUCCGGGCUGUGCUGAGCCUUGGGGUUGACCCUUCGCGCAUCGUGUUUGCCAAUCCUUGCAAAACGGUGUCGUCGCUCGUGUUCGCUCGCCGGGUGGGAGUGAUGCAUACCACAUUCGAUAAUCUCGACGAGUUGGACACAAUCAAGGCGUAUCACCCAGACGCGGAACUUGUUCUCCGGAUUUUCGCUAGCGAUAGUGAUGCGCUGAUCGAUUUUGGAGAGAAGUUCGGGGCAUCGACAGAGUCCACUCCUUUGUUGUUGCUCCGCGCCAGGGAGCUAAACUUAAUUGUCACGGGCGUUAGCUUCCAUGUCGGAACUGGCGCAAUCAACGCCUCCGCCUUCAUCAAAGCCAUCCAAAAUGCAAAGACCGUCUUCCGUCAAGCUGAGAACCUCGGAUUCCAAAUGAACCUUCUCGACAUCGGCGGCGGAUUCCAAGACAGCAAUUUCGAGCGAAUCGCAUCCGCCGUGCACAGGAGCCUCUGUGAAGAAAUCCCAUCCAACGUCCGAAUCAUCGCUGAGCCGGGCCGCUACUACGCACGCAACGCAUACACCCUCGCCUGCAAGGUGAUAUCACGACGCCGACAGAUCGGCGAUCCCCGCAAAACUGGACCCGACAUGCUGUACCAGAAUGACGGGGUGUAUGGGAGCUUCAUGAAUGUGAUUAUGGAGAAAGAAAUCAUGCAUCCGAGUCUAGUCUCGCCGUACCCUCAUUCGUACGGAGAAAGUGUAAAGCGACAACAAGGAGAGCAUAGGUAUUCCGUCUGGGGACCGACAUGCGAUAGCAUGGAUUGCAUUGUCAAGGACACGGCGUUAGAAUCGGAAGUCAAAGUGGGGGAUUGGCUGAAGUAUAAGAAUAUGGGUGGUAAGUCAUUUCUCCCAUUUCGCGCUGUGUUUUCCAUGAGUGGAAGGUUAAUGAAUCGAACAGCAUACACCACCGCAACAGCCACCAAAUUCAACGGAUUCCCGAGCGACCAUGAUGUUAUUUACAUCGACAGCGAGUCCGAGAAUGGCUCCAUGAAGACGGGUAUUCCGAGGGCUUUCCAUGUUCGUCAGCAGCCCGAGAUGAUUAGGAUUGCAUCGCCCCUGGAACAAGGGCGAUAUCAGGCGAGUUGUUGA